AUGGUGCACAAAAUUAACGAACAUGCUAGCAAGGUGCUUUCUAAGUCAGAAAGUGAAAGAAUACCGCAAGAAUUUCAAAGGCAGCAUGCACAAUAUGAAGACUUAACUGCGGAUUUAAAAAAUAAAUCGGUUGAUUUCUCCAAGCAAUUUUGUUAUAUCUAUGCAGUGAGGCUAGCGGAGCUAAGGGAGAUAUUGAUAUCACAAGUCGUCGCAAAAUGGGGUGAUAUUCGGAUAUUGAAAUUAGCGGAAUUAGAAGAUUUUGAAGGACAAGAGUGUGUAAUUAUCGGUACUCUUUAUAAACAUCAAAAGUCAAAGCCAUCGAUAUUGCAAGAGUUGAGUGAAGAUCAUCAACUUACAUUGCUUGAGCCAAAACCAAAUUAUUGCUCGGAAAAAGACCAACUUUUCUUGGAAGAUGAAAUGUUACGUAUUAAAUUAAUGGUUGACAUUGCAGAUUUAAAGAAUUAUGUUACAGGAGUUGUAUGUGCUGUAUUAGGUUACAAAGAGAAAGACGGCACUUUUGCGAUUAAGGAAUGGUGCUUUCCUGGUUGUAUACCCAGAAGUUUAUUAGUAUCGCCACAAUCCAAAGGAAAGUUGGUGUUCCUUUCUGGACUUGACCUGGCAAGCAGCUUUGAAAAUUUGUCACUGAAUCUUUUAACAGAAUGGAUAUGUGGUAUGGCUGGUGAUGCAACGAUGCAAGAAGAUGCCACUUGCAUUAUCAGAGUUAUUAUAGCUGGUAAUUCCGUGAAGACUGUUACAAAAACAAAUACUCUGAUUGGACACGCCGAGGGAAAGGCGCAAGUUACCGCGAUAACGAAGGAGGUAGCAGCAGCGACAAAACGUGUAGACGCAUUUCUCAUCGAAAUAGCAAAAUGCUGUUGCAUUACUUUGAUGCCGGGUCAGCACGAUCCUACAAAUGCGAUGCUGCCUCAGAUGCCGCUACAUUCAUGUGUAAUACCACAAACAUCAAGAUAUCGAAGUUUCAAAGGUGCAACUAAUCCUUGGAUCGGUAAAGUCGCUGAACGUCUAAUAAUGGGUAGUAGUGGACAGCCGAUCGAGGAUAUCGCGAAAGCAACCGGUGCGACAGACAUUUCUUCUUUAGAAUGGUUGGAAAGAACACUGCUUUGGAGACAUAUGUGCCCAACUGCCCCGGACACACUGCCGGUACAUCCUUACUUUGAAAGAGAUCCAUUUAUUAUAAACCACUGUCCGGAUAUAUAUUUUGUGGGUAAUACGGCUAAAUUUGAAACUAAGUUAUGGAAAGGUGAAGGCGAUCAAAUUGUCAGACUAAUCUGUAUUCCACAAUUUUCCUCUACACAUACUGCAGUUACAGUGGAUAUUGAAAGUUUGGAAACUAAAUCCGUUUGUUUUGGAACAGGAUAAAUAUAAUUCACUAUUCAUAUGAAUAUCUCAGUAACAUAAUAUGCUGCAGUUAAUUCAUAUUUUUGUAUCACACACAUAUUUUUCUCACAUUUUUCAUAUAU